GUCCGGUGCGCGCUGACGUCAGUGUGCAGCGUGACCUCGGCAGUCUCCAUCCUCCGUCACCUUCUCGGCAGAAGAUCCCGUCAAGCAGCGACACGAACCCGGCUCUGAUCCACGCACGGUCCCGCUCAUCGUCUGGAGGCUAUGGAGGCUCCGUCCUGCUCAAGCGGCAGAUAUAGUUAUGAGGAGUACAAAGAGACAGCGGACUGGCUGAGGGACCACACAGAGCAGCGUCCGAAAGUGGCCAUCAUCUGUGGCUCCGGCCUGGGCGGCUUGGCUGACCUGCUGCAAAACAAGACCGUCCUCAGUUAUGAGGAAAUCCCUAAUUUCCCCACCAGCACCGUACCAGGUCAUGCCGGGCAGCUGGUGUUCGGGAGUCUGCAGGGCCGCGAGUGCGUCUGUAUGCAGGGGCGCUUCCACUUCUACGAGGGCUACAACAUGCAAACGGUGACGUUCCCAGUGCGAGUCUUCCACCUGCUGGGUGUGGAAACCCUGAUUGUGACGAAUGCGUGCGGUGGACUCAACACCGACUACAACGUGGGAGACAUCAUGCUCAUCAAGGACCACAUCAACAUGCCGGGCUUUGCAGGCCAGAACCCGCUCUGUGGCCCCAAUGAUGAGAGGUUUGGAAAUCGUUUCCCUUGCAUGUCGGACGCAUAUGACCGAGACUUGAUGGCUCUGGCCAAGCAAACAGCAGCGGAGCAGGGCUGCGACAGCUUCCUGCAGGAGGGAGUUUACUGCAUGGUGGCUGGACCGUCAUAUGAGACCAUUGCAGAGUGCAAAGCUCUGCGGCUGCUGGGGGCUGACACUGUGGGUAUGAGCACAGCCCCCGAGGUGGUGGUGGCUCGUCAUUGCGGCCUGCGUGUCCUGGGUCUGUCCCUCGUCACCAACAUGGCGGUGACAGAUUACGACAGCCAUGAGAAGGCAAACCACAAGGAGGUGCUGGAGACCACCCGGUACCGAGCCAAGGACCUGGAGCGGCUCGUCAGCCACCUCAUCACCAAGAUCUAGGACUGUUGGUUCUUAACAAAAAGUGAUUGGUGAUAGGGGUAAAUAUAGCUUUCAAUGUAAGAUUUAAAUGUGUGAAGAUGGGGAGAUGUGCACGUUGGGAUGAAUAGGUUGAUAUUUAAUCAUGGGACUGAGAGGUUAGUCGUGAUGAAGGAGCCAGUUAGCCACUGUUCAAAAUGUCUAAAUAAAACGUAAAGAUUG